AUGAAGUUCCCCCUGCUAAGGGUCUUGUUCUUCACCACUCUUUUCUCUUCAGGAGAAGCAUGCGGAAAGAAGAAGAAAGAGAUCAUAACAUGGAAAUGCUCCAACGACGAAGGGGGAACCAACUAUUAUAAGACUGACGAAUGCUGCGAGAGGAUCAAGGGCGAAUUGGAUAAAGACGGAAUGAACUGCAACGAGGAACUCAAAGGCAUGUUAGGCAAACCCAAACGCGAAAUCUCGAAGAAGAGAAGAGAACGGAUUCUUGAGGCUAUGCAGUGCUGCCACCCACCCGGGACUGAAAAGAAGGCUCCUAAGAUCAAAAUCAUUACUACAAUACUACAGCCAACAGUACUACGGCCUAGAAUGUUCCUGCUAAAUAAGGCUAUGGCUUCGAAUCAGAAUGCUGUUCGCAUUGCUAUGCGUGAUAAGCACUACAAUGAACGCUCCGAGAUUCAGAAUGCAGCUAUGAAAGCUGGUCUUGAUUUGAUCCCUGAUUUUUCAGAUAGAGACAAUUUGGUAGUCGUGGAUUAUGGAACUGCCCAGGGUGCCAACUCCAUCGAACCUGUCAAAAAGGUCAUCUCAACCUUACCAGACGGGGCUAUUGCUUCUCUCAUCUUCGAGGACACCCCGUUCAACGACUUUGGAACCCUUGCAAAGACUGUCUCAGAUAACUUUACCAACCAAGACAACAAGAUCCAGAUCGUGCCAAGUCUCGUUCCACUGGGGUUCUAUCAGCAGGUAGUUCCAACGGGCCAAGCCGACAUUGGCUUCUCUUGGUCGUCUUUCAAUUACCUCGAGAACGUUCCUUCAGUUAGUCUCGACGCAACAGCAUCCCCAGCUGAAUUCGCAGUUGCUCGUCACAGAGCACUCGCCGCAGCAGCGCAUACAGACCUGAUAAAGCUCUUCAAGCUCAGGGCAAAGGAGACUCGGAGCGGAGGGUAUUUUAUCGCUGCUAUUGGAGGGCAGGCACCUGAAGGGGAGAGUACGCCUUCGAAGCCGGGAUCGCAAGUCCUUCAAGCUGGAUUGAUGAGAAUGGUUGGCGAGGGGAAGCUAGCGUUAGCCGAACUGAUGCAAAUGGCUCUUUUCCCAAGUCAUGAGCGCACUCCCAAGGAGGUUGAAGCGGCCUUGAAGGAUGAGGCUGUCGCACCGCUAUGGGAGGUAGAGUCUCUAGAGCCGAAGCUGAUCGUGCAGCCAGCUUGGCACGUCUACCAGGACAAGAUCAAGACCGACGAAAGCAAGAAAGACGAAGCUCUGGAGGAAUAUGCUCAAGUUGCCAUUAAUAACGUAGUCUCGGCUUCAGGCUGGUUCUGGGUGGAUGUUCUGAAGAAGUCACGAGGUCAAGAUUGGGAUGGAGGCGAAGCAUUUCUCGAAGAGUUUAUCAACAUUACCGUUGAGGAAUUUGUCACAAAGUUUACCGACUUCAAGUUAGAGAUAUGGUACAAUUACAUCAAGCUUAAGAGAACCGAUGAGAAGGCCUAG